GGAGCAGGAUGAACCAUCACCAGCCGGAGCAUGAGCCCCUCGAGCAUUUCCAGACGCCGCUUGCAGAUCGCCUGUUGCGGCAUCGGUUCAAUGAGGAGAGGCAGUUGCGGUACGACAUUCAGCAGGUGAGCGUGCCGGCGCCCGGGGUUGCGGAUUUGGCGGCGUACUCGUUGCUUUGCGAUCGGCUGACGUAUGCGGGGGUGUACGAGGACGUGACACAGUUGCCUGACCGGGAGACGACCCGAGUAUUCAUUGAGUUUCGCGCGCUCCAGAUGGCACCCAAUUUCAUGCACAGCGUCGCCACCUUCAUUGGAGACUUGGCGAUCCUACCGCAUCCGAAUCGGGAGCCGGCGUGCAGCUUUGUGCGCGAAUACGCGGUGGAAGCGGCCAGAUUGCAAGGACGGGGGGGGCACCGAUUCACAGCCCACGAAGUGCUGCUGCGUAGGGCAGAGGACGGACCGAUUGCGUUGUAUUUGGUGGAGCUAACUGACGUGGAGCCGCUGCCCUUCGCCGACGAAGACGCGUGGGAGUUGCACCGAGCGCUGUACAAGUCGGUGGCGCUGGGGAUGUUCCGGUUCUUCGUGGAUCACGAAGACCACGCUAUCGGGGAGCACUUCGUCUUUUACUACGUCCACACGCGGCCCAAGCCAGCGGAGAAGGAAGGGACGGUGGCGCUGUACCCCUUCGCCCAGCUCCAGUCAAUCGAUCCGGGAUUGUUGGAGCUCAUACAUCUUGAGCUCCUCUCCAUUGCGCAAGUGAUCGCGAGCGAGGAGGAGGAGAUCCAACCACGAUUGCGGACGGCGACGGCCCCGUGGAGAACGUACAACGCGGUCGUCAUCCCGGAUUACAUUGCGCAGCGCAAGGAGAGAUUGGAGGACUUCCCGGAGGAAAGGCCGUUGCGUCCUCCCUCGUCGUAUCCUCGACCAGCGCCACCGAAGGCCCCCAAGAAGACGCCGAAGAGGAAGAGACGCCACCCGUCGCCAAGAGCGCAAGGCAGCAGGAUCGGCGGCGGCGAGGAGGUGAUUCAGCCUGCGCGUACGCGGAUUCCUGACCCUGUGCCUGGGAGUGCGGCGACGCGCGUUAAGGAGACUAUCGUGCCAUCGCCGCCCAUUCCGCGUGUGCCCGAUCUCAAUCUUUAUGGAGCCGGGCCAUCAUCAUCAUCAGCAGCUGGAGGAGGAAGCCGAAUGGGAUUUCCGGAUCCCAUAUCCAGACCCCCCGUCCUCGCGGGACCUCUCCGUUCCCGCCAGCCACCCCGGGGUGCCCCGGUCAUUGACAUUAGUAGUUCAUCCAAGCCGGACGGUCCAUCCGACCAAGGUGGACUUCAUGGUGGAGCCCGCCACCAUCAGGCUCAAGGCCAUCGCGGGCGCGUCGCGCCCUGAUCCGGCGUAGGAGCCAUAUCUGACACCCCCUUUCCAAGGGUGUAUUGCAGCGCGAUUGGCUGGCACGC